GUUAUGGAUAGGGAUGCAUUGUUAGAGCUAAUAGAGCGGUUCAGUUAAGUUAAUUGCACUCAAUUAUAUCGCAAUUGAGAUUUUGCUAAGCUAUCGUGAGGAACCAAGCCCGCUCUCUUCCUCUCCCUCUCUCUCGCUCUGGCUAAUUCCCCCCUCGCCCUUUAAGCAAGCCUAAGCUAGAUGAGGUGCAGCACAUCCCCCGGCAGCCAAGCGAGCGGAGGCAGACAGCUCCGGGGUCGGACAGUGACAGAAGUGGAGCUCCCUCUUUCGGCGUGGUGUGUCCGCCGCUGGGAUCGUCGCUUAGUCCAGACCGCCCCGUGCGAACCAGAGGAGGAGGGAAAGUGAUCCCACCGCUGGCUCCGCUUUGUCUCUCGGCAGUUGUGCGGUGCGAAGCGACAUCAUUGCUACCUCAACGGGAACCCGGUUCAGAGCCAGGUGGGCAGUAUGUUCCAACUCCCGGUCAACAACCUUGGCAGUUUAAGGAAAGCUAGGAAAAAUGUGAAGAAAGUGCUGGGGGAUAUUGGCUUGGAGUUUUGCAAGGAACACAUUGAUGACUAUAAAGACUUUGUGCCCAAUGAGUUCUACAUCAAGAACACCACAUGGGAUGACGUGUGCAUGUGGGAUCCCUCACUUACCAAAACACAAGAGUACCGGUCAAAGCCAUUCUGUUGUUCAGGCUGUCCAUUCUCCUCCAAGUUCUUUUCUGCUUACAAGAGCCACUUUCGUAAUGUCCACAGUGAGGACUUUGAGAAUCGAAUCCUCCUUAACUGCCCGUAUUGCACUUACAAUGGGAACAAGAAGACCCUGGAGACACACAUCAGGCUUUUUCACAUGCCCAACAAUGUGACACGCCAGAGUACUGGUGGCCUCCAGGGGACAGGAGCCGGCUUGAAGGAUGGUGUUCGCCUGGAUAAGGCCCGAGACAGUGUAGAGCAGGCCGUGUACUACUGCAAGAAAUGCACUUAUAGGGACCCACUAUACAAUGUGGUGCGAAAGCACAUCUACCGAGAACACUUCCAACAUGUUGCUGCUCCGUAUAUGGUCAAGCCUGGUGAGAAGGCAGCUACACCUAAUGGAUCAGCAGCUGGUUCUGACACAGGCACAGGGAACACUACAGAUAGUAAUAGCACUGCGGGUGCUGGGAACAGUAACAGCACAGCCAUUCACUGUAAGCGCUGUCUCUUUGUGCCACGUACCUAUGAGGCACUAGUGCAGCAUGUCAUUGAAGACCAUGAACGCAUCGGUUACCAAGUUACGGCUAUGAUCGGACAUACUAAUGUGGUAGUGCCUCGUCCCAAGCCUGGUAUUAUGGUGUCCCCUAAAGUCCAGGGAGAAAAGAAUGUCAUCGGUGUUACUCCAAAGGGCACCCUGGUAACUGCAGGAGUGCGGCCAUUGUCUGCUCAGCAGUUGAGUCGCAUUGUCAUUCCUAAGGGAAGUUUGAAUUCCUCUGGGGUCCUGUCAGGUGUUCACUUGAAGCCAGGUACAAUUAGUCUGAAGCCAGGCACCACCCAAGCCGUGUCCAUUGGGGGGCAACAAGUACGUAUUACCUUACCAGGCAAUGCACAGCUUUCAGUGCCCCAGCAGUCUCAAACAGCCCGACCUCACCUUUCUGCUAGCCAUUUACGCAGCCCGGUUUCUGCGUCAACAUCCACUUCUGUUCUGAAGAUUCCUUCAUUGACCUCACGAGUCCAGGCAGCUGCUGCUAAUGUAUCAUCUGCCCCUCCCAAGAAGGGGGCCUCUGCCCUGGGUACAUCCUAUACCCAGAAAUGGAAGAUCUGCACAAUAUGCAAUGAGCUAUUUCCAGAAAAUGUGUAUAGUUCACAUUUUGAGAAAGAACAUAAAGCAGAAAAGGUGCCCGCUGUGGCCAACUACAUCAUGAAGAUCCACAACUUCACUAGUAAAUGCUUAUACUGCAACCGCUACCUGCCAAGCGACACACUGCUGAACCAUAUGCUAAUCCACGGUCUGUCAUGCCCACACUGCAGGGCUACUUUCAAUGAUGUUGAGAAGAUGGUGGCACACAUGCGAGCGUCACAUCCCAAUGAGUCUGUUGGAGUACGCACUGACUCUCCACUGACUUUUGAUCUGACUCUUCAGCAGGGCAACCCCAAGAAUGUCCAGCUAAUAGUCACCACUUACAAUAUGCGGGAUGCUCCUGAAGAGUCUGUGGCGUUUCAUGCCCAAAACAAUGUCUCACCUAUACCACAAGCAAACAAGCCUGCAACAUCACACAUCCCAAAGAUCCACAACGAAGCCCCAGAUGGGACACAUGUUAGAAGUGCACCGCAGGCAGCUGUUCCUUAUAAGAGGGAUGUGGGUAAGACCUUAUGCCCACUUUGCUUUUCCAUUCUGAAGGGCCCAAUCUCCGACGCCCUUGCGCACCACUUGAGAGAGCGACACCAGGUAAUCCAAACAGUGCAUCCAGUGGAGAAAAAGCUAACAUACAAGUGUAUCCAUUGCCUUGGUGUUUAUACCAGCAACAUGACGGCCUCCACUAUAACUUUGCAUCUUGUACACUGCCGUGGUGUGAGCAAGACUCAGAACGGCCAGGACAGCAGGCCUGCUCCGACUACCAGAGUAGUUAAGGCUCAGGGAGCUUCCUUGAAAAGAGCCGGGUUUCAACACGAUGAAGAAGCUGACCCGAAGAAACGGAAAAUUGGGCCAGGGAACCAGGCUCAGCCAAGCCUCCCUGCCUCAGUUGAGCCGAAAGAAGAACCUGUUGUGUUGGCUAUGGACCCAAAGGGCCAUGAGAAUGAGUCAUAUGAGGCUCGCAAGGCAUUCCUUACAAAGUAUUUCAACCGGCAGCCAUACCCCACACGCAGGGAAGUGGAGAAGCUGGCUUCCUGUCUUUGGCUGUGGAAAUCAGACAUUUCAAGCCAUUUCGCAAACCGAAGAAGAAAGUGUGUUCGCGACUGCGAAACACAAAAAGUUAAUGUUUUGCUUGGGUUCAACAUGCACAGUCUUGCACGGUUGCAGCAUCCAAUGGACUUUGAUACGAAGUGGUAUUUUGAAGGCCACAAUCAGGACCAGGAAAGUCGGACAUCUAGGGAUUUCAUCGGUAGAUCUGCCAGUGCAAUCAGACGGUUUCACGAAAACGCUACUACUAAUGGUGAUAUGCAAGAGACGGAGGAGGCUGGGUCUACUGCCCAAGCUUCACCUCACUCAAAUGGUGAAAAGGCCGCCCUGGGGAACAACUGCAAUGAUUCAGUCAAAAUAAUCGUAAAACCUCGGGGGGUUCUAAAUUCAGAGCCCAUCUCUGUGGACUCAGACAGUGAGGAUGAGAAUGUCAAGGCUGCAGAAGAAAAUACGGACUCUAAGGUGAACAACCAGCUAGCUAGUGGGGUGGAAAUAGAAAUGGAAAGUAAAGGAGGUGCGAGUGACUCUGAGCCAGAGGACGCCCUCAAUGGUGAAAAUGGUUACGGGUCAGAGGACAAGCUGCAUACAAGUGGAAGGCCCAGUGAAGAGGGCCAGACAGGCAUUGUGGCCAAGCUUGGACAAUCAGGAACAGGAACCUGCCUUGGCGGGCAACAAGUCUGAUUUUUUUAAAUACAGUUAUUAAAAAUGCACAUGCAUACACGUCAUUUGUUACAUUUGCCAGACACCAACAAUGCUGCCUCACCUGAACUUAGGGACUGUGGUCACAGGCGGCAGUGGGAUAUGCUUUCCUAAACUUCCUGAAGCCAUUUUCAAGGGCAAAAAAGUCAGCUUUUUGACAUGUAAAGAUGAAUGCUAGAUUGCUGAACUGAGGGUGAGAAGCGACUUCUCCUCAGGGUAGAGAAAGAAAACACUGAAAAUGCACCAAACAGUAGAAUAUGUUUUGCCUUCUGUUUGUUUCUUUGAGAGGUUCACAUUAGUACUUAAUGUUUGUUUAGCCACUGCUGUGUGGCAGAACGAGUGUUUAUUAGGAUUACAGGUAUUCUUGAACUUCAUGUAAUCAUAUUAGAAUAGUUAGUGUAUAUUUGUACAGUCUUUUAGAUAUGUCUAAGGAGAUGUUGGUGUAGGUGUACUCAGAGAUUUGCUAUUCAUUUCGUGCUCACGUUAGAUGGUCAUACGUUCUACAUUGGUUCACUUAAUGGAUGUGACUUUUGGUGGCUAUUCUUCAUGGUUAUUUUUUAACAAAAUAUAGCAUUUUGCUAAUUAAUAUAUCUAUAUAUCAAAUGCAGUUUAAAAUUAACAUAAUCUCUUGCUUUUUAUUUUUACUGUUUAUAACUGAAGUAUUCCUUUUUUACAUUUGCCAUGACACCUUUUGUUCUACUGAAGGGCAGAUUCCCCUGACACCAUACGCCUCUCCCGAGGUCACAAUGAGGAGCCGUUUGACUGAUGGCUAAGGCGCUGUGCUGUGUAGUCUAAUUGUAUUUAGUUCAGACUUUGCUGAACAGGACUUGCUUUCUGGCUUCACUUUCAGCAGUUGAACUUGUUUGUUUUCUUCUGUGAAUGGACUCUUGCUACUGCCCACGGUGCACUGAGAGCAUUCGCCAUCAACCUGACUUCGUUGUGUCUGUAUGUUUUAGUUUGUGACCUAAAAUUUAUGUUCGUAUGUUUUCGUUCUGGUUUGUUUAUUUGUCACUUAAAGACUCUGAAUAAUAAAGUGCUGUAUUGUGCUUCUCAUA